AUGGAACUAAAUAGAAUAAUCUUCCUUAUAGCCAUAACAAUGGCUAUAUCCAUCACCCUUACCGUGAAAACCAUCAAAUUGAACCCUGACGAGAAACCGCCAUUUUCGGAGCAGAAAAUUGAUAAUUUUUCAACUGAUCAAUUGUCAAUCCAUGAAGAAAAGAAGCUACUCCCUUCGAAAAGAUUAAGUCGUUUCCUCGCUGAAGAGAAAAACCCUAGGGCAGCCGAUCAUUGCAACAAAGACAAAGAAAUAUGCUACAUUUUGGGAGGAAAGAACUAUACUUGCUGCAACAACAAGUGCUUCGACUUGUCUACCGAUAAUAAUAACUGCGGUACUUGCAAGAACAAGUGCAAGCACACACAAGCUUGUUGCAGAGGACAGUGUGUUUACCUUUCUCUUGAUAAAAGACAUUGUGGAAGGUGCAAUAAUCGCUGCGCAAAGGGUGAAUACUGCGUUUUCGGAAUGUGCGGUUAUGCAUGA